AUGGUGCAAGUACGAGUGGCCGAGGGUGUGUUAGAAGGGGAAUUCGUAGAGAGUGAUAUUGGAGGCAAGUACUACAGCUUCAAAGGGAUCCCUUACGCUGAACCUCCAGUCGGUGAUCUAAGGUUUAAGGCUCCACAGCCUACGAAAUCAUGGAAAGGCGUACGAAGUGCAAAAGAAUUUGGACCUAUUUGUAUGCAAUAUGACAUGUUCACUAAUAAGAUAUUAGAUGGAAGCGAGGACUGUCUAUACCUUAACGUUUAUAGUCCUGAUAUCACUCCCAAAAACCCACUCCCCGUGAUGUUCUGGAUUCACGGAGGUGGAUUCCUUAGUGGUAGUGGCAAUGACGAUUUAUAUGGCCCUGAAUUCCUUGUCAGGCAUGGUGUCAUUCUUGUUACCAUUAACUACAGACUUGAAGUCCUAGGAUUCCUCUGCUUAGACACGGAGGAUGUCCCAGGUAAUGCUGGUAUGAAAGAUCAAGUGGCUGCUUUACGAUGGGUCAAGAAAAAUAUAAUCAGUUUUGGUGGUGAUCCAGACAACAUUACAAUUUUUGGCGAAAGUGCCGGUGCAGGCUGUGUAUCUUCACACUUAAUAUCGCCCAUGAGCAAAGGUCUAUUCCGAAGAGCAAUAGUUCAAAGUGGCUCUUCCAAGUGUUGGUGGGCACUCACAACUAACCCACGAGAGAGAGCGCGAUUACUCGCGCGAAAAAUGGGCUUAGAUUCGGAUGAUGAUAAAGAAUUGUACAAUUUUUUUAAAUCACAACCUACUGAACAAUUAAUUUUUAAGAAAGCGGUUUUAACCUGGGAAGACGAGUACAAAGAACACCUGAAUAUUUAUUUCACUAUAGUAAACGAGAAGAAAUUCGGUGAUAAUGAAAGAUUUUUUUACAGUGAUCUUACUGAUCUUUCGCGCAAUAGUAUACACGAAGGGGUUGAAGUUAUGACUGGAUAUACUAAAGAUGAAGGUUUAUUGUGGUUAUGUUGGCAAAGUGACUUUGAUAAAAUAUUGUAUGAAGCUAAUUUCAUUGCUGAAUAUUUUGUCCCUAGAGCUUUGACUUUUAAGUGUCCUCUCAUAGAUAAAUUGGAGGUUGCGCGGAGGAUUAGAAAAUAUUAUUUCAACGAAAAAUCUAUAAAAAAAGAGAAAUUGGAUCCUUUGGUAAAAUAUUUUUCCAUGGAUAUGUUCAUACAGGGGAUGAUGAAAUGGGUGAAAACAGUUGCUGCCACCAAAAAGAAUAAAAUAUAUUUAUACACAUUCUCAUGUAUUUCUGAGAGGAACGUUAUGUCUAAUGUAUUUGGGGCGAACCAUGUAGUCGAUGUCACAAAAGCGACAUGUCACGCUGAUGACUUAGCUUACCUCUUUCCAUUGAAAGCAUUCAAUUUAACUGUGGAUAAAGAUUUUAAAAGUUACAAAAUGAUUAAUAAUGUGACAAAGUUGUGGACGAAUUUUGCUAAAUGUGGAAAUCCUACGCCAGAUUCUAAUUUAGAAGGAAAGUGGAAUCCUUACACUUUAGAAGGAGAACAAUAUUUAGAUAUUGGCGAGAGACUGGUUGCAGGCUCAUCACCAAAUAAAGAAGAAGUUGAGUUCUGGGAAAAAUUAUUAAGUGAAUAUGAAAAAUAUGUGUUUUAA